AUGAAGCUCCCUUCUCUCUACACUGCGGCCGUGUGCCUCUCGCUGUCCGCCACAGCCAUGGCUCAAACCGUCCCUGCCUGUCCAGCCGACCUCGCCGCCAGCACGGACUGCGCCGACGUCAUCAACCCCAACGCCUGCUACAACGAGUUUGGCUUCCGCGGCCAGCAGACGCUCAACUGCAUCGAAGGCAAAGACAAGGCCGACAAGGCGAGGAAGGUCGGUGCGUAA